CUCUUUCAGUUCCAGCCCACCAUGGAUGUAUAAAGCCCAUAAAACAGGAAGAAAUCCCGGCCGAAACCUGAAGACGUCCUGGUAGUAUCAAAACACGACAGACUAUUGAACAUCCUUACUAUAGAAAACAAUUUAUCGCAGAGAAAAAGCGUCUCGAGGACAGAAAACUGCUGUUUGAAUUCAAACUGAAGCUCUAACGGCUGUUAGCUUCGUUAGCUUGUUUGCUAACUCUGACAUAAAUCCGGUUUGAGAUUCUUCUACAGCUGGUUUAAUUUUUGGAUUUAAAGACAGCUUUUUAAUUUCUACCAUGGGAUCCAGAGCGUCCACGUUACUCCGAGAAGAGGAGAUUGAAGAGAUAAAGAAGGAGACUGGCUUCUCCCAUAGUCAGAUCACCCGCCUGUACAGCCGCUUCACCAGCCUGGAUAAAGGAGAGAACGGCACCCUCAGCCGAGAAGAUUUCCAGAGGAUUCCUGAGUUGGCCAUCAAUCCUCUGGGAGACAGAAUCAUCAACGCCUUCUUCCCCGAGGGAGAGGACCAGGUGAACUUCCGGGGCUUCAUGAGGACUCUGGCUCACUUCAGGCCCAUCGAGGACAACGAGAAGAGCAAGAACGCCGCCGUCAGCGAGCCGCUCAACAGCCGGACCAACAAGCUGCUCUUUGCUUUCCGACUGUACGACCUGGACAGAGAUGACAAGAUCUCCCGGGAUGAGCUGCUGCAGGUGUUACGGAUGAUGGUGGGUGUGAAUAUCUCUGACGAUCAGCUGGGCAGCAUCGCAGACAGAACCAUCCAGGAGGCGGACACCAACGGAGACAACUCCAUCUCCUUCAACGAGUUCAUCAAGGUCUUGGAGAAGGUGGACGUGGAACAGAAGAUGAGCAUCCGGUUCCUGCACUAAACGGCUGCUGUUUCGUGUUUUUGUUUUUAUUUUAUUUUGAGCAGAGCUUCAACACGCGGGUUGAAGCCAGACCUCCCAGCGGGCCACACUACCAGAACACGCUGUCGCCGGGUAGAUCACCUCAUAGAUCCUGUACACAAAGGGAAGAGUCACGUGCCUUGGGUUGUUUUAUGCAAUGUGUCGCCGUGUUGUUGGGACCAUUAUUUAUUAGAAAACAUUUAGAGGGUUCCACUUCUCACAGGAGAUUUAUUUUCUAGGUACGAUAACGCGUUCACUAGCUCAUACAUGUUGUGUCUUUGUCUCUAUAAAUAUGCAACGGAUUAACGUGUAACCUGUGUGAUUCCACGUGAAAACAGACGCUGUUUUUAAUGCUAACAUGACUCCUUAUCUGCGACGGCCUGAGUUUAAUACUCGAUGUGAAGCUGGACACACGUUUUGUGUUGGACUCACUGAAGUGCCAUGGUUUGGUUCUCCUGCGUCACUGAAGAUCUCAACAGUGAACCAUGUUUGUGAAUUAUUGUUCUCAUAAUCUAGCUACUGCCAGUAGAUUGUACCUGUAGGAUUUAACCAAAGUGAGUUCCAUGCUAUUUGAAGCUCCUGCUGGAUCUAGAACAUGUUAAUUAACCUCUCGUUAACCGGGCUAUAGUGGGUCUUCCCUGAUACUUUGAAUUGGUAUCUCCAGAUUUAGCUGCCAAUGGCCUGAUUUAAAAAAAGUGUUAACCCCUUAUUGAGUCUCCUGAGAGCCCUGUGGUGGAGAGGGGGCUGUUAGAGGUAAGACUACAAACAAGUACAUCCAGAAUAGUGCUUAAUGCAUUUAUGAUAUCAGCUGCUACGGAAAAGAUUUAGGACCAGGCAUAACGGUGAAAGCAUCUCAAUAUUUCCCCCCGUGUCUGGCCGCUAACACCGUGUUUAAAUGUUGACGUCCGCACUGCCUCAACAUUCAACUCAUUUCCCCAUUUCUCAGUUCCAGCUGCUUUAGAGAACCAGAUGCUUUAGAGAACCAGAUGCUUCUAUAAUAUAUAUUUUCUGUACAGGCCAAGUGUGACUUUUAAUCCUUAAAGUGAGUUUGUAAAAUCAUCCCCCUGCAGCAGCCGCCUGCAGGAAAUACGAUGUAUUGAUCAUUAUGUGAUUAGCAAUCAGAUAUGAUUCACAUGUUAUGUGAUGUUGGUAUUAUCUACAGUAAUUCAUCAUUUCGAUUUGAAUAAAAUGAAGUGCCAUGCUC